GCGCAAAACCUAUCGAAAUAGCCAUAAUGAACACACUUACCUCAAAUCUUCAUUUACUUAUGGCUUCAUUUUAUACCCCAACAAAACACAGAAAUAAGAUUCUGAUUGAAGCAAAGGCUUUCCCAUCAGAUCAAUAUGCUGUUGAAUCCCAAAUUAAAUUCCAUGGUUAUGAUCCAGCUACAACAUUGAUUAAGGUUAAUCCACCUCCUGGUGAACAUUUGAUAAAAUUAGAUGAUAUCUUGAAUACUAUUGAAAAAGAAGGUUCCUCGAUCGCUUUGGUUCUUUUCAGUGGUGUUCAUUAUUAUUCUGGGCAAUUUUUUAAGUUGAAAAAAAUAGCCGCUGCUGCUAAAAAGAAGGGAUGUGUUGUUGGAUUUGAUUUGUGCCAUGCGGCGGGUAAUGUAGUUCUCAAACUUCAUAAGUGGAAUGUUGAUUUUGCGGCGUGGUGUUCAUAUAAAUAUCUGAAUUCCGGACCUGGUGGCAUUGCUG